GCCUCAUGGUGACUCCGUCGGGGUACCGGAAGACCGUGAGGCAGACGGCUCUUCACCAGAGGGCUGGUGCGAUGCACGCGGCGGACAUGGUGGAGCUCAGUUACUGGGACACAAUCAUCUGUUUCCACCUCCUGUUCAGCGAAGCCGUGAAGCACCCGGUGAUGCUCCUCGAGUACGGAGAGGAGGGGGCUGCGGACGGAGACAGCGAGGCAGAGAAUGAGGCCCGCUUCAUGGAGUUCGGGAUUAUGCGGUAA